GGCUACACAGCUCCUGAGCCAAGGGGCAGAGGAAGGACGCCUUAGUCCGCAGAGCCUCCAGAUGGCUGAAUUGGAGCUGCUUGCCCCAGGGCCACUGCCUGGGAUCACCGUUCACCCUUUGGCCCCUCUUGGCCCAGACCCUGGGUCAGCUAUCCCAGUACAAGAAGAGGACGUGGACUCUCUGGGGAAGCCAGGAGAAGAAACCCAGGAGCAGAGCUGUGAUCCCGCAAAGAUCAGUGCUCCUGGUGAUGAGGGAGAGGGAGAGAUCCUGUGUGACUUCUGUCUUGGGGCCAGCAGAGUAAAGGCGGUGAAGUCUUGUUUGACCUGCAUGGUGAAUUACUGUGAGGAGCACCUGCGGCCACACCAGGAGAACAGCAAACUGCACAGCCACCAGCUGACGGAACCUGCAAAGGACCAGGAUCUGCGGACCUGCCCUCUUCACCACAGCCCUCUGGUUGCCUUCUGCCACACACAUCAGCAGUGCAUCUGCCAGGAAUGUGGCGAGGAUGAGCACAGGGGUCACAACACCGUUUCCCUGGAUGUAGCCCGCAGGAACAAAGAGGCUGACCUUCGGUGCAUGCAGCUGGAGCUGGAACAGAAGCUCAAGUUGAAUGAAAACGCCAUUGCCAGACUCCAAGCCAACCAUAAGUCUGUCUUGGUGUCAGUGUCAGAGGUGAAGGUGGUGACUGAAGAGAAGUUUGGGGAACUCCUUGCAGCUGUGAGGAAGGCCCAGGCUGAUGUCAUGCUGUUCUUAGAAGAGAAGGAACAGGCUGCCCUGAAUCAGGUCAAUGGCAUCAAGACCCACCUGGAGUACAGGAGCAUCGAGAUGGAGAAAAGCAAGCAGGAGCUGGAGAGGCUGGGCGCCAUCAGCAACACUGUGCUCUUCCUGGAGGAGUACUGCAAAUUUAAGAAGACUGAAGAGGCUGCCUCCCCCAGCAUUUACAUAGGGCUGCGGGAUAAACUCUCAGGCAUCCGCAAGGUCAUCACAGACUCAACCCUGCACUUAAUCCAGCUGCUGGAGAGCUAUAAGGAGAAGCUCCAGGAGUCUGCCAGGGAAGAGGAAUAUGACAUCAAAACUCAAGUGUCUGCCAUUGUCCAGCGCAAGUAUAGGACCUCAAAACCUGAGCCCAGAACCCGGGAUGAGUUUCUCCAAUAUGCAUGUGACAUCACGUUUGACCCAGACACAGCACACAGGUACCUUCGCUUGCAGGAGGACAACCGCAAGGUCACCAACACCACGCCCUGGGAGCACCCUUACCCGGACCUUCCCAGCAGGUUCUUGCACUGGCGGCAGGUGCUGUCCCAGCAGAGCCUGUACCUGCACAGGUAUUACUUUGAAGUGGAGAUCUCUGGAGGUGGCACCUACGUCGGCUUGACCUGCAAAGGCAUUGACCGUAAAGGGGAGGAGCGAAACAGCUGCAUUUCCGGAAACAACUUCUCUUGGAGCGUUCACUGGAACGGCAAGGAGUUCACAGCCUGGCACAGCGACACAGAGACCCCGCUCAAGGCUGACCCUUUCCGGAGGCUCGGGAUCUACGUCAGCUUCCCAGGAGGAACCCUUUCCUUCUACGGCGUGGAGUAUGAUACCAUGACUCUGAUCCACAAGUUUGACUGCAAGUUCUCAGAGCCAGUCUACGCUGCCUUCUGGCUGUCUAAGAAGGAAAACGCCAUCCGGAUUGUGGAUCUGGGAGAGGAGCCCGAGAAGCCUGCUCCGUCCUCUGUGGAGGCUGCUCCCUAGAUUCUAGGAUCUGCCUCCCAGACUUUGCUAACAGUGAGGACUGGCAGAGUUGGUGUUUUAAGGUGGUAGCUGGCUCUAGGAACUGUGUGGGUCCUGAAUGAACGAACUUUCCUGCCUGCUUCUCAUUACAGUUCAUGCACAAAUGCAGAAAGUCUGAGCACUAAAGCCUCCCCUGAAAUCUUGUAGUGAUGGGUCUGCUCAGGUCAUUGUCACCCUUUACCCAGGAUUUAUGACCAGGGCUCUUCAGAGCAUAGCAAGACUGCACAGGAAUCAUAAUAAAUCACAAACACAUCGUUGUGCAUUUCUUACGGACUUGACGGUGUCUGGAGUGUUUUCUCUGUGUUGGUUCACGUCAUCUUCAUGGUGUAAAUGUUUAUACUGUCCUCAUGCUAGAUAGUAAGAGACAGUGCUAGGACAGUUAGCUAGCUUGUUCAUGGUCAGUCUGGCCACCCAGUAAUGAGGCUUAGAGCUAGGCUUAGUCUGGGCAGGAUGUUGUUGAACUUGGGACCGUGUGUUAUGUUUACCUCAUUAGAUCAUUGUGGUUUGAAAGAAAAUGACCCCCAAAAGGAAGUGGCACUGUUAGGAAGUAGGUGUGGCCUUGUUGGAGGAGGUGUGUCACUGUGGGAGUGGACUUUGAGCUCUCUUUUCCUCAAGCUUCCCUCAGUGUGACAGUCAAUUGACUUCCUGUUGCCUGCAAGGCGUAAUCAUGCUCCCCAUCAUGAUCAUGAUAGACUGAACCUCCGAACUGUAAGUGAGCCCCCUCAAGUAAAUGCUUUUCUUAUAAGAGUUGCCAUGGUCAUGGCUUCUCUCCAUAGCAACAGAAACCCCUAACUAACAUUCAACAGUCAUGGAUGUUAUGGAUAAGGGCUAACCCACAUGCUAAACUGCACAGCCAACAAGCAAUGUCUUCGCAUCGCUCUUAAGAGUUUGCUCAUCUUUUUGCAUGUGCCACGCUCAACCUGACUAUCCAGCCUUUCACCAUCCAAGCCCUCAGCCCUCACACGCAGCAGCCCGUUAUGGUUUUGAACAGCAAGGUUUAGAAUAAAUGUUUUAGUGAGGUCCUUUAGGGAGGAGCCUUUGUCCUCUCCUCUAAAGUUACCCAGACUUCAUGGACUUGUCUAGUUUUCUUGUGCAAAGGACUAGUUCUUCGGGAGUUUGGGGAGAGUACUCACCUCGCCUAGGAGCCAUUCCCAUGUUUGUGCUAAGGUCAUACCUCCUGCCACGGUUCUCGUGUCUCCCCGACACUCUGUUGACCACUUCAUUCUCCUUCAGACAGAUGACAAACAUCCCCCAAGCCUUCAGGCACACCAUCUUAAAACAGAUUUCUAUAGCCCUAACCUGAAGUCCCAGGUGGAAUUUACCAGAAAUAUUAUUUCCGUGUCUUUUCCCAUGACCCGUGUCAAGGCAAAAAUCUCUUCCUGUUCAACCAGUCUUGUGAUCCUGUCUCAAGAGUGCUUUGCUUUAGAAUUAGACUCUGCACCUUGGUCUCUAAGGAUGUGGGCAGUGUGACAUUUCAGGGCUUUCGCUUCUGUCUUCACCUCUGCCGUGCGGAGACACUUUCAUGCUCGGUCAUCUAGCACAGUGCCCUCCCUAAGAAGCAGAUUUCUGGCAGAUUCCACCGUCUUCUCUCAAGUUUGAACCUUGUUGGUAGAUACAAUGAUUACGACGGGGCCAAAUUCAGAAUGUUGCAGAUUAGCUUCUGGGUUUAGUUACACACCAGUUACUCGGGGGCAGAACUCGAGGGUUCAGUGGCAUGGUCUGCUGUUUUCUUCCUUUCCCACUGAACACAACGAACUACUUUUUCUUUUCUUUUUACUUGAGAUAGGCCCUUGCUAUGUAGCCUCAGCUGGCCUGGGAUGCACUACCUAUCCUCAGCUGACCUCAGACCCACAGUUCUCUUUUCUCACUUUCAAGUGCCUGCGUUGUAAGCAUGAGUUACCAGUGUGAUGCUCAACUCGGUAAAGGACCUUCCCAGGAGCAAAAUCCAAUGUCUGAAUUUCUUGGAUCUAGCUGUUAAUGAACACUCUUUGAAAGGGAAAAAUCAUAUCAUCUUGGCCUGCCCCUU